CCACCAUGCAAAUUUUGACAAAGUCCAAAAACGUACGAGCGUUUCACUAUCAUGGUUACCGUCGAAUUUUCACCGGCUUUUGUUCCAACUUUUUACACAGAUGGCAAACUAAUAUUCAUAGUAAUCAUAAUAUUAUACUAGUGUUUCGUAGUAUAUUAGUCUCUAGUCGUAGUGAGAGCCUACAACAACGACAUAUCAAAUACAUCUUGAAAACCUAAAGUUUAAGAAGAAAAAAUAUGGAAGAAAGAAAAGGAAGGAGAAUAAUCAUGUUUCCUGUACCGUUUCCGGGACACUUCAACCCAAUGAUCCAACUGGCUGGAAUAUUCCACCACCGUGGCUUCUCCGUCACGAUCCUCCACACUUCCCACAACUUCCCCGAUCCUUCGAGACACCCACACUUCACAUUUCGAGCCAUCUCUCACAAGAAAGAGGGAGAAGGAGAAGACCCUCUCUCUCGGUCGGAAACUUCGGGUCUGGACCUCAUUUCAUUCAUACGUGUACUGAAACAGAAGUACGCUGAACCGUUUCGUGAGACUCUUGCGGCGGAAGUAGGUGGAGGAGAGACAGUGUGUUGUUUGGUCUCCGACGCUAUAUGGGGGAGGAACACAGAGGAUGCGGUCAAAGAGGUUGGACUACGUCGAGUGGUGUUGAGGACAGGUGGUGCUGCGUCGUUUCGUGCUUUUGCCGCCUUCCCUCUCCUUAGAGAUAAGGGCUACUUCUCUGCACUAGAUUCUAGACUAGAUGAUCCAGUGAUAGAGCUUUCACCAUUGAAAGUGAAGGAUCUUCCUGUAAUAGAAACGAACGAUCCAGACGAACUAUACCGAAUAAUAACCGACAUGGUGGAAGGAGUCAAGUCUUCAUCAGGAGUCAUAUGGAACACAUUCCAAGAUCUUGAAAGAGACCAAAUCAUGGAUUUGAGCAGCAACUUCCAUGUUCCCUUCUUCCCAAUCGGACCAUUUCACAAACAUAACAAUGAUCUUCCACCUAAAACAAAGAACAAAGAAGAUAAUGGAAUAACAAAUUGGCUCGACAAGCAAGAACCAAAGUCAGUGGUCUAUGCGAGUUUUGGAAGCCUUGCAGAUAUAGAAGAGAAAGACUUUCUCGAGAUUGCUUGGGGUCUAAGAAACAGCAAACAGUCGUUCUUGUGGGUGGUUAGGCCAGGGUUGGUCCGAGGGACCGAGGGGCUCGAGUCAUUACCUUGUGGGUUUAUGGACAACAUUGGACACAAAGGAAAAAUUGUGAAGUGGGCUAAUCAGUUAGAGGUAUUGGCUCAUCCAGCAGUUGGCGUGUUUUGGACGCAUUGUGGAUGGAACUCAACGGUAGAGAGCAUAUGUGAAGGUGUUCCAAUGAUAUGCACGCCGUGUUUCACUGACCAGCGUGUGAACGCGAGGUACAUUACUGAUGUUUGGCGAGUGGGGAAGGUGUUAGAGAGAAAUAUAAUGGAUAAGGGAGAGAUUGAGCAGGUAGUACGAAGUGCAAUAAUAGAUGGCGGAGAUGGGAUGAGAGAUAGGUGCUUGGGCUUUAAAGAGAUGGCUGAAAAAUGCUUAGGGAAAAAUGGGUCUUCGUCCAACUAUUUGGACAAACUUGUGAGGCAUGUCUUGUCUUUUGAUUCAUAAGCUUUUACAGGUUAGAAAAAAUUAUUGGGAAGCAAUGUUUUGAAGCAUUCAUCAAACCUUUGGAUGUUAUGUAUUUCAUCCUUUCUCUUGAAAUAAUAAUGUUAGUUUUUUUUUUUGAAACUGAAAUAAUAAUGUUAGUUGUUCGAGUUUUAUAUGAUUGUUCAUCCUUGUGAAAAUGAGUAUUACAUUUAGGGACGGGAAAGAUAAUAAAACCAAAGCAAUUUGAAUGUUGAAACAAAUUUUAUCCGGUAUUACUUUUUCUUUCUAAGCUGAAUCUGGUCCUGAAACAAAUAAAGCAUAUAUAAACUGAGAUGAAAGUUUGAAUCCUAGUUCCAACCUUAUAACAAACCAAUCGCUACAGUUAUAGUGUUAUACUUUCAUCUAUUAUACCUCUUUGUCGGGGUCCACUGGCCCAUCUAAUUUCACUAUCGAGUGUUUUGAGUGGUGCUCGGUAGCCUACGAAGGUGGCACAACUACUUGCCUAAGUGGUUCUUGGCGGCGUACUAGAAGUUUAAACCACAUCAACAAAAAAAUAAAAAUACACUUCAAAGUCUCAAGAGAGAAGUAUUUCUUUUUUUUUUGCCUAAGAAAAAAAUGUUUUUUUGCAAAAUUGACCCAAAACUCAAAGUCAAACCUAAAACUAACCUAUGUUUUUUUUUGGAUUUUUCGUUUGCCCUAUUCACCCCACAAAUUCAUAUUAUUUACGAAAAUGCCAUUAGUUUUUUUUUUCUUUUCGAAAAUGAUAUUUUUACUCUCUCAACCUCAUCAUCUUCAAAUAUUUACAAGAUCUCUAUUACCAUCAAUACAUCAACCACCAUGAACACUCAAUUUGAAGCUCUUAAUGCACCUCAAAUCGAUUUAAACUCAUUAUUUCUCAAUUCUUAUGAACUAAAAACAACACCUCUUUCACUUUCUCUCUAUAUUCAUCCAAAAAAAAUCCAAAAUUUUGAUUCUAAAAUUUUUAUGGUUCAUAGAGCCAUUGAAGCUUACGAUUCUUGGUGGAUCACUUUUGUUUGAGAUUCUGGGUGCUUGCAGAAGACUUCUGUGUGCUAAACAAAUUAUCUCACUGGUUGAAACUAUAAAAUUAGUUUUUUCCAGAUAUGUUCGUCCAGACGACCUCCGGAUAAGUCGUUUAGCUGUAGAUGACUUACAUGGAAGUCUUCUGGUCAAUGUAGAGGUUAGUUUUGCAAUUGACUUUUAAAUGUGUUUUUCUAGACGACUUACAUGCAAGUCGUCCAUCUUUGUUUGUUAAAGAAAAAUCCGAGACGAGUUCCAUGUAACUCGUCUAAGGUAAACGGGUUAGUUUUGCAUUUGACCGGAUUGUGUCAGAAAUUUGACUUUCUCUGGAAGACUUACAUGUAAAUCGUACAGUAAAAAAUUAAAAAAUCAAUAUUUUGUUAUACCUAGACGACUUACAAGGAAGUUGUCCAUCAGACGAAUUACACGAAAGUCGUCCAUUAUUUUAUUCCGAGAUUCUGGUCAAACCUUGCUUAUCUUGGACAACUUCAAUGUAAGUCGUCGGACGGACGACUUCCGUGUAAGUCGUCUAAAAAAAUAUUUUUUUAUUUUUUUUCAAUUGCAAAACUAAUCUGAGAUCUUACAUGGAAGUCGUCUAGGUAUAACACCAUAUUGAUUUUUUAAUUUUCUACUAGACGACUUAUGUGUAAGUCGUCCAGGAAAAGACAAAUUUCUGAUACAAUCUGGUCAAAUGCAAAACUAACCCAUUUUUCCUAGACGAGUCUCGAAUUUUUUUUAACAAACAAAAGAUGGACGACUUCCAUGUAAGUCGUCUAGGUUAAAAAUCAAUUGCAAAACUAAACUAAAUGGAUGACUUCCUAGAAAUCUACCAGACGACAUCCGUGCAAGUCGACUGCGUCAAUGUUUAAUAAACUUUCAUUUUCUCUAAAACUAUAAAGACUUUUAAAUUUUUUGUUGUUAAUUCAUGUAUAUUGGGGCUACUGAAUGAAAUUUAUAACUUAAUUGGUGAUAUUUAUGAGGUUACCAACAUUCAUGCUUAGUAAAGUUUCUAGCUAAUUGAGAAGACUUCCGUGUUAGUAUUCUAAGUUAGUUUUUGUAAAUUUGUUAAGUAACUUUAAGAUAUGUUUAUUUAAUUUUCAAAAGUGUUAAGUACACUUCAAGAAUAUCAAGUAACAUGGUUUAAUGUGUCUUCUUAGAUCAUAUGAUAUACUUUUUACUUAUGUAUCUAAUGAAAAUGUUAUAUCUUUGAACUUAUGUAAUGUUUUACUUUUGUGAAUUUGACUAAGUUUUCUUGAGAAUUCUUCUCCCUUAGUUGUAAUAAAUAUGAUUAAUUUUUUGUGUUAUUGUGUUUUGCUGUUGAAGUUGUAUCAAUAACUUCAAUUAGGUCAAGUAAGUUUGGAAAUAUAAUAUUGUGGAAAAUGAACAAAUUUACCAAACAUUUUCAUUAAUAUCUCUUCAAAUUUACAAUAACAAAUCACAACUAAAGGAGUACACAUGCAAAUCACAAAAACAGACAAAAAAAAACUAGUAUAGAUCAUUCUUCUACAAGGACAAGCUUAGACUCCACUUGAUAUGGAAGAAGACUCCGUUAGAAGUCUUCUGGAAGACUUCCAGGAAGUCGUGUGGAAGACUUCUUUCUUCUUUGAAGCCGUGUAGAAGACUUCUUUCUUCUUUGAAGCCGUGUAGAAGACUUCUUUGAAGUCGUGUAGAAGACUUCUUUGAAGUCGUCUGGAAGACUUCUUUGAAGUCGACUGGAAGAGACUUCUUUGAAGUCGUCUGGAAGAGACUUUUUUGAAGUCGUCUGGAAGAGACUUUUUGGAAGUCUUCUAGCGCAUUAUAUUUUAGAAGACUUCCGAGAAGACUUCUCAUUAGUUUUCCAAAGUCUGAUCCAGAUCUGAAAAAUAUGUAUAUCAAACCCAUAUUUGAAAACUUGUAAAUCAUAUAAAAAAACGUUCAAAUGACUUAAAAGUUAAAACAGAGAAAAUGAGUAAAAAAUUAGAUAGAUAUACUUUUAUAGAACACACAAAGUACAUAUCCAAGUGGAAGAUGAGAACCAUCUGAUUAAAAACCUACAACAAAAAGAUAAAUUAGUGAGAAAGACAUGAGACAAAAAUGAAAAAUUCAUAUAAAGUUUAGUGUUUUCAAGUCAAAGAGAUUAGAGUGGAUUUGGAAAAUUUUAGUUUGGGAAAAAUGUAUGAACUUUAUGCAACAUAAGGUUACCAAAAAAAAAAAAUCAGACAUAAAAACUUACCAAAACGCUCAGAUCUGUUAUGAAAGGGAGACAUAAGAGAAGACUCUGUCAGAAGACUUCUUGGAAGUUGUCUAGAAGACUUCCUGGAAGUCGUCUAGAAGACUUCCCGGAAGUCAUCUGGAAGUCUUCUAUCUUAGAAGUCUUCCAGAUCUGAAAAACUUGCAUAUCUAAAUCAAGAUCUGAAAAACCUGCAUAUCCAAAAACAUUCAAAUGGCUUUAAAACAGAGAAAAUGAAUGGAAUAUUAGAUAGAUCUACCUUUAUAGAACACACAAAAAAUACAUAUCUAAAAUUAAUAGAUUUAUCUUUAAUAGUGGAAUAUGAGAACCAUGUAAUGAAAAACCUGCAAAAACAAAAUAAAUUAGUGAGAAAAACAUGAGACAAAAUCGUUU